CUUCUCUUACUCGUAAACACGUGCACGCAGCGGAGUGUGUGUUAGCCUGUCUACGGAGGACAUUUAAGCAGCUAAACUAGUUUUUCUAUCGUCCCUAAAAUGGCAAAAAGCCUCCGGAGCAAAUGGAAGAGGAAGAUGCGUGCUGAGAAGAGGAAGAAAUAUGCUCCAAAGGAGCUGGCCCGUCUGAAACAAGCUCUGAGUCUGGAUAAGAAAGGAGAAGUUGUCAUGACUGACAUGCAGGAGAUCGCCACUGUGGUGUCAGCUGAGGAGAUCAAGGAGAAGGCAAUGGGGGACGAUGGGAAGAUGGAUAUGGACAGCAAGCGCAACAAGAAAACUCUGUUGGAUGAAAAUGGUCAGUACCCUGGCUGGAUGAAUCAACGGCAGGCCAAGAAACUGAAAGGCAAACGGAUGGCAAAGAAAGGUACCCAGGGCAAGAAGAAGAAGGGUAUCGCUUGGUGAACCAGAGGAAAACUAAAGACCUUUGCUUCGCCUUAAAGACUUUUGACGCAGGAAAAGCAAAUAAUUUCAUGUAUUCUUUUGUACAUGACAACUGUGGAAUUUCUGCUGUUGAAUCUCAUUCUGCUCAGAUUCAUGGUUGUGCAUUGAGUCUGAUAUUAUAAAAUAAUUCACUGCAGGAAAAUGUUUGUUCUUAUGGAACAGCAGGUUUAUUUUCGUGUUCGGACAAGUUUUAAGACACUAAGACUUGUGCAAAAUAUCCUUUAGCUCGUCUUAAUUCAUCAUAGCAAUGCAGGUGAUUGUCAUAUUCUCUAUUACAAUGUAAGUUUUUUUUUUUUUGUUUUUUUUUAAAUACUCUGAUAAAGAAUCAUCUACAGA